GACGAUGCCAUCUCCGCAGCACGCGAGGCCAUUUCUAUCUCCCCUCCGACGGAUGGGCCCGGCGCUGCACUACUACACACCCUUGCCGAGUCGCUCCUCCGUCGAUUCGAACUCACCAAUCAGCUGGCUGACGUGCAGGAAGCUUUGUCCCUCCACCGCACAGCGCUCUUCCUUCGUCCUCCUGGGCAUGUGGACCGUCAUGUCUCUAUCCUAUCGCUUGCGCGAGCACUACAUACCCAUUUCCGCCACACCGGCGAACCCCAAAACUUCACUGGGUCCAUCCAGAGCAUUCGCGACGCCCUUUUGUUUUUCGACCCCGCGCGCCAUGGUCAUAGAGCCGCCUCACUUGCAGACGAGAAG